AUGCCACGUCAUCUACAUCAGAUGCCACGUCAUCAGAUGAAACAGGAGCCGACGGUCGAGGACGAAGAGUUGGAGACAAACAGUCAGGAAUCCGAAAGCCCGCCAGCAGCAGCACCCGUGAAACGAGAGAAGCGCCGAUACAGAUGUCGAAAGAGGAGUCCGGCGACAAUUGAACGAGCAAAAACAGUGAGAAGAGAUAAGGCGAAUGCUCGAGAGAGACGACGGAUGAACUCACUGAAUGACGCUUUGGAGACACUCCGAGAGAUACUUCCGGCGAUGCCCGACGAACCGAAAAUGACCAAAAUUGAGACAUUGCGCAAGGCACAAGAAUACAUUGCCACAUUGUCAUUCCAACUGUCUGGUGGCUCGCCGACAUCAUCCACAUGCUCCUCGAAUCAAUGCUGUGAAACGGGAUCGUGUGGAAUGUGUUCAUCUAUGAGUGUAUCCCUCCAAUCAACUCCAUUCCAAUCGCCAUGCUUCCCACCACCAUCUACAGUAAUCCCACAUCAGUUACAGUACCCCUCGAUGGGAUACAGUAACCCGCAACAGUACUUCCAGCAUCAUCAUCAUCAUCUCAGCCAAUCACCACAUUUCCCAUCGGCGAAUUGA